UCAAACAUCAGCCAAAUCUCUCUAACUCUGAUUUGAGUCGUAAAAUGUCGUCUCAGCCUAAAGACUAUUUUGACCAAUCGCUCUUAUAAAGAUCUUGGACAGAGUUUCUGGGCACUUCUCAGUACGUGAAGGUUUUCCGCUGCCAUCAGGGUGUCGUCAUUGACGAUUCUGGUCUGGUAUGAGCUAGAAAUCAACAUUAGAGUUGAACUGAACACUAAAUGAACUCUCGUUCCGUCCGUGUGUUCAGGAAUGGAGUCGUGUGGCAUCCACGAGACGACCUACAACAGCAUCAUGAAGUGCGACGUGGACACCCGUAAGGACCUGUACACCAACACCAUGCUGUCCGGUGGCACCACCAUGUUCCCCGGCAUCGCUGACCGCAUGCAGAAAGAGAUCUCCGCCCUGGCCCCACCCACCAUGAAAAUCAAGAUCCCCUUACCAAUCGAAUGGACUUUCUACUGUCAUCUGACUCCACCCAAAUGCAACAACUGAUUUGACUGGAUGUCUAUAAGCCAAUCAAGUGGUCCACAUCAUCAGGUAGAGCCACGCCCUCGCUUUCAGCAAGC